GGGAAUACCCGUUAGGAAUUCCCCAGCUCUGGAAUAAGAUCCCCAGCUUCUAUCUUAUGCAUUUCAAUUAUACGCAGAGAGUAUAGUAUCAUAUCAGUUGUGGUUGCCAGUAAACCUAAACAGAUAUCACAUAUCUCCAUCCAUGCAUGAUCUCAUAUAGCAGUCCUAUAGUGUUGUCAGAUUGAGUUGGGACUGUGAUUCAGAAUUCAAUUGACACUACGGAUCUUGACCUAUACACCAAGGCAACAACAGGGCAUGAACAAUUAGGACUGCAAGAAAUUGACACUGAUUCCAAACAGCCUUCAUCGGAGCAGGAUCAUAUUCCAACAUGUCUUUCUCAAAAUCUGCCAAACCCAGUAACAAAGAUGUCAGGCUUCGACGACCCGUCCAGAAUGAAGAGGACUUUGAAACGGUCUUCCAUGAAGUAGCUGGAGAUCUUCUACAAAAUGGGCCCGGGACUGCUAGGGUCGUUUCAAGCCCCCCUGUACUAUCUGAAAAAACUCGCCGGGAUCUACGCGAGAUGAGGACGAAUUUCAGCCAGCAAUACGGACCUCAAAUUCUAAGGAUGGCCGAGGAGUGUCGAGCAGCAAUGAGAGCUGGUCAUCGACGAGUGCUGCAGUUCUUCUCUGAAGUUACACGAGAUUGUUUAGCUGAUGGAUAUUCCUGGAGUGCAGUAUUCUUCCUUAUAUUCCUGGUUCUAGCAAUCUUAGCGACUGUGGGAUUCGGAAUGCUAGCAUCUGGUGUGGUUCCGAUUAUUUGGCGUGCAGUCCGUGGUUUUAUAACAGCACAAUAAAUUGUUAUUACAGCAGUAUUGUGAAGUAUGGAAACUUAAGGUAAAGUUUGCACCAACAAAAGGUUAAUUUCAAUAAAAAUAGAAUAAAUGUUUUAAAAAGUCACAAAAGCUCAACAUUGAAAAUUUCAUCAAUAUUGGAACACAUGUGUGCAAAAUAAUAAUAAUUAUGCAAUUGUAAAUGACUGCACUUCCUGGAUUAAAAUAGGCAUUGUUACUUGAUUUAUUAUGCAAGUUUUAUAUUUGGGCAAAAAAAAUACUAUUCAUCUGAAGGGAGGGAGAGAAGGGCAGGAGAGAGAGAGCAUCAGAGAGAAGGGAGUGUAAGAGGGGGAAACAGAGCCAGAGAGGAAAGGAGAUAAUCACCGGAAACUAGCAAGGAUAUUGUUUGUGGAAGAAUUUGGUGAUCUCAUGUUUUCACCUCUGUGCUUUUUGGAAAUAUCAGUGAUGACAAGAACAUUAGUUAGUCAUAUUUUGGUGAUGUCAAUAUUGUGAAAAAUUAAUUAGCUGUGUAUAUUUUGUCAUUAAUGUGAUAUUUUGUAUAUCAUUCGUAAACAUUAACUCAGAUGUCGACGUCAAAUUUUGAUUCAAUCUCCACCGAAUGUGAUUAUUAUUUCAUCGUUUAUGUAAAUGUCACUUGAAAAAUGUAUAUACAUACAUAAGUAUAUGUAUUAAUUUCUUCAGGGAUAUCUUUCACAAGUCAAAACAAUGACUACUACAGGAUACGAUUGUCUUCCAGUAUAUUAUGUCUAUGUGCAAGAUAAUAUCAUCCUUCUAAAAAGAAGACCACUCCUCCAAUAUCACAUAACCAUCCCCCCACUUAUUUGCCAUGCUAACCCAUUAGCUUGAAUACAGGGUUCUAAUUCAUAGCAUUGAAGGCCCUGACUUGGACAUGUACAUACUAAUUGAAUCAAUACAGGUUACUUGAUUGUUAUGUGUUUAUGUUAUCUGAAUCUUCAUUGUAUAUAAAUAUAUAUAUAUAUAUUAUACCAAAUUGAAAGUUGAAAUGAAUUAAUUGAAUUGAAUUAAACUCAAGCUGUGUUUGUGCUAGAGUUGUCACCAAACCGUCUUCUUGAUUACACUUUCAAUUGGAGUCUUUGCCUGUAGACUAUCCCACAUCUGCUAAAUCCAAAAUGUGAUUUCAAUCAUGGUGCUACUUUGCUAAAUACUGCAGUAAUUCGAUUGGGAAAGGGGCAGGGCCAUGGGAACAAUUUUUUUACUGGGGGUGCUGAUGUAAAUUUGACAAGGGGGGGUCACUAAAGAAUGAAGGUCAUUUUUGUUACAUUUAUCCAUUUUUUAAACACCUACCAGAAUUCAAGGAGGUACUGCCUAUGGAAAGUAAUACACACAGCACCCCCUUUUUCCCAGGUUCAUGGAAAGGGGAUCAAAUAUGUUAAUUUAACUCUUGAUGUGCCAUUCGCUGUAAUCAGGGAGUGUCAUAUUUUUUUCAGAGUCUAUAUUUAAUUGUUUUAUUAAUGAAAAAAGGGAAUCACUCCUGAGACCAUAAAGUUAAACCUCUUGACCAUAAGCUGAACUGACCAAUGGAAUCACUCAUGCAUGCAAUGCACUCCUCAAAAUUCAAUAGGCAUAACAAUAGCUGUAUGACCAUUGCACGAAAAUGUGUUUGUGGCACUCCAGUGGAUGCACAGAUAUGUGUUCACGGCACUUUAAGGGUUAAGAAAUAUUUUUCCCACAGCUACUACAUGUAUAUAUAAUGCAAUUACCAGAUAAUUAAAUUGUACACUGCAAGACAGACGACUGUUUUAUCUACUUUCCAUUUGGUCUCGUCUCACAUGGCCUAAUCCUAGUUCAUCUACAACCAGUUGGUCUUUCAACCAUGUGGGGCCCCGUUUCAUAAAGGACUUGCAACUCUUGUAACUUUGCCAUUAUGGCAACUACCAUCGUAACCUUGAUUCUGAUUGGCUGAUGAGCCCUGUUACCAUGGUAGUUGCCAUAAUGGCAAAGUUACAACAGUAAAUCCUUUAUGAAACAGGCCCCUGGUCUGAUUGCCAUUUAGGCAAUGGGUUUACCACUUGGUCUAAUUUCUAGCAAGGCUGUACACGUUUUGUCUAAUAUUCACUUGGUCUAACACCACAGUCUAUGUGAUUCUGCUAUUGUGAACCAAAUUUUCAUUUGACAAAAUGAAAUUGAUAGACAAUGAUAAUAAUAAUACGUGAGAUUUAUAUAGCGCACUUUCCAUCUUGAUUAGAUGCUCAAGGCGCUUCAGAGCAGAACAACAAAAACUAUUUACAUAUAAUACAUGUCUGAACAAUAAGUCAAUGUCUAUAAAAAAACACUUUAAAAAAAAACAAUGAGGAAAUGAGACCAUCUGAGUCAUAUUUAGAAUUUUAUGAGAAACACACUAAUGGGAUAUUAGAUCAGUGACUCAACAUUUGCUUCUGUGACAAUUACUCCAGGCUUCAUUUCGUCUGAGAUACAGGGUUAGGGUUGCAAUAGGUUAGGUUUAGGAUAGGGUAUAGUGUUAAAUCCAGGGUUGAAGUUGGCAAUUCCGGUAGGGCAUGGAAUUCACAGCGGAGCAAUUGUCGCAAGAGCAAAUGUCAUGGAACAAUUAGAACGAGUUAACUGUAGACCGAAUGGCAAUUAGGCCAACUUGAUAGUUGACCAAGACCUUAGAAGACCAAAAAGGUUUAGCCCAUGUAAUAGACCUAUUAGACUAUCUGAAUUGUAGACCUUCUGCUUGUAGAUUUGGUGAUUUGAUUACGAGUUAUAUUGUUAUAUUUUUAAUGUGGAAUCAAUGAAAUGAAAUGAAAUGAAUUUGUGAUAUCGAUUUAUCUGUUCUGUAAGCUCGGCUGACGUUGAUUUGUCAAUUGUCUCCUCUGUAUUACAAAACAAUGGAUAUUGA